UGCGAGAGCUUGCAAGCGCCCGCCCCGGAGGACCGCCCCUGGUGCUAGUGGCUGGCUGGCUGCGCGGUCUUCCCGCCCUCUCCAGCUUCGGGGCUCUUCGGUAUCGUCCGUGUUCGCUCGAAUGUUCAAGAAAUGACCACUCCCAAUAAGACACCUCCUGGUGCUGACCCUAAGCAGCUGGAAAGAACGGGAACAGUGCGAGAAAUCGGGUCACAGGCUGUUUGGUCACUCUCGUCUUGCAAACCAGGAUUUGGAGUAGACCAACUACGAGACGACAACCUAGAAACAUACUGGCAGUCAGACGGCUCCCAGCCUCACCUGGUCAACAUUCAGUUCAGGAGAAAAACAACAGUGAAGACCUUGUGUAUCUAUGCAGACUAUAAGUCAGAUGAAAGUUACACUCCCAGCAAGAUUUCGGUUCGCGUAGGGAAUAAUUUUCACAACCUUCAAGAGAUCCGGCAACUUGAAUUGGUGGAACCGAGUGGCUGGAUUCAUGUUCCCCUGACUGAUAAUCAUAAGAAACCAACCCGCACUUUCAUGAUCCAGAUCGCCGUCCUUGCAAACCACCAGAACGGAAGAGACACCCACAUGAGGCAGAUUAAAAUAUACACACCAGUGGAAGAGAGCUCCAUUGGCAAAUUUCCUAGAUGUACAACCAUUGAUUUCAUGAUGUAUCGGUCAAUAAGGUGACCUUCAAAUAGAGCAAAACAGUUAAAGGAAGCCUCAUUAUAGUAUAUGUGCUACCGAAGCAAGUACAAAGGUAUCCUCAUUUUAUCUUGUUAGCCAGUAUUGCAUUUGUUGAAACAUCAUCUUACAAUUUUGUAUGCAUUAAAAAGUAUUGAAAUUUUGAUAA